AUGUCCCCUCGCCUGGGCGGGGUGCAGAUACUUCCCUCAGAGGCUACAGGUCCUGAGUAUGCGAGAUGGAGACGCGGUGUCAAGAGCGCCCUCAUAACGAAGGGAAUAUGGGGACAUUGCGACGGCUCUCAACCGAUGCCCAUGCCACAGUCGGGUCCCAGUUCCUCCAAACCGUUUGCCUCAACGGAUCCGCAACCUGAGCUGCUGGAAGAGCGUAGGGCCUGGGUUAGGAAAGAUCGGGACGUCAAGAUGGAUAUCUUCUUGUCGGUAUGCGACGACAUCAAGCUGGAAGUUUUCGAAGUGGGACCACCACUACCACCCUCCGCCAUGACCGCGAAAGACAUGAUGGAAGCAUUAGAUGAGCGAUAUGGAAAGUUCAAGUUCGAGGACUACCACCACGUCUUUUGCCACUUCCUCAAUCUCCAUAUUGACCAAUACCCCAGCCUAGCAGACUUCAACACCGAGUUCGCUGCUACUCUCGAAGAUCUGCUAGACCAUGGCUACCCUCUGGAUAACGUACAGGCUUGCAGCGCAUACUUCUCGAAACUCCGUUGCACUCAGAACCCUUGGGUUACGAAGAAGCUGAAAGAGUGGGACACGCUUCCGACACCUCCUCUUCUAGGGGAGCUGAUGAAGGAAUGUCCGCCGUGGAUGAUUAUCCGCCCACUGGCGACUAAGGCGCAGUCCUCGACGCAGGAAUCGUACACCGAGGACAGCACCGGUCCGCCUAGCCUGAAGGAGGAGGACGGAGAGUCAUCGGAUACGGACAAGUCUGAAGCCCUGACAGCCUCCUCGACGCCUUCACUCUCCCACUCGCGCAAUGCCUCCAGCCAGUCUCUUGAAAUCGCAGCAGCACAUUCGCGAAAUAUCUCCACUCAAUCCGAAGAGGUGACCGUUCUCCACUCACGCACAAUCUCAGACAAGUCCCUCGAAAUCACCGUUGGCGCAAGCGUGGAAGACCUCCGGAUGAUGGCAGCAUUCCCCCUGCCCGCUCACCGAGUUCCCAAGACGCCGAAGACACGAGCAAGACGCAUGAGUUCCAAGUCGGACAUCUCCAAGAUGAGUCUGCCGCCGCCAGUCAACCGGCCACUGCCACCAAUCCCA